AUGAAGGUUAGGACUGGGUCGAAUAUUGACUACGCGUUUCUCCAACUCUUCGCGCGAUCCGGGCGGGUUGAACCCGCCCUGGAGCGUCCAGACAACUACCAUCCUCCGCUGUUUCUUUCAAUGAUUGUCGACGACAGGAUAGACAAAUACCCUGGGUCCUCUGAUCUACAGAGUGUUACUCCUAACGAUUUCUAUCAGUCACCAGAUUCAGAGUUAUUCUCACAGAGUUUUGAGGCAGUCGCUCGAGCAGAGUCAGAUCAACCUCUGCUUCCUUCUUACUCUCCCCAUAGGCGUUCCAAUGAAUCCACUCUGGAGCAGGGGGGAGCAUCUUUAGAAAAGCGGUUUACGUGGGGUCUUUCCGAAAAGGAAAGUAGUCCCAAACAUGGCUCAAAGCUCGACGCCGAAGCCGCAUUUCAAGACGACGGGCGACUUCAAAUCUCCUUUGGCCAUCGGUUGUCCAAACGAUUGCCAUCGAAUUAUGCCGAGCCGGUGAACGAAAUUGGACUCGACGAAGUGGGGUUCCGCGAUGCACCUCCUAUGAACGUCAACAUCAUGAUCGUAGGAAGCAGGGGGGACGUACAGCCUUAUCUUGCACUUGGCCAGAGGCUUCAAAACUACGGCCACACCGUUCGAAUAUCGACACAUGAAACAUUUCGCAAACUAGUGAAAGACUCUGGGCUACGUUUCUUUAACAUCGGGGGAGACCCUCAUGAGCUAAUGAGCUACAUGGUUCGGAAUCCUGGACUCAUUCCUGGUUUCGAAAGUGUGCUGAAAGGCGACAUUGGGAAGAAACAAGUGAUGGUCGCUGAGAUGCUUGAAAGGUGUUGCCUAUCGUGCUAUGAAGUUGACGAAGAGUCACCGAAUGAAGGUGGAUUUGUAGCAGAUGCGAUAAUAUCCAAUCCGCCCACGUUCGCUCACAUUCAUUGCGCCGAAGCGCUUGGCAUUCCGUUACUCUUGUCGUUCACUAUGCCAUGGUGUGCUACUGCUGCCUUCCCGCAUCCGUUGGUGAACGUCAAGCAGAGCGGGUCGCACGAGCCAAAUGCGGUGAACUAUUACUCGUACACCCUGGUAGAUAUGCUGACAUGGCAAGGACUUGGCCAUGCUAUCAACAAGUUCCGUACCAAAAAACUAGGGCUCCCCUACUUGUCAACUGCAUCAGCCGUCACCAUGAUACAGCGCAGCGCCAUUCCAUGGACUUAUUGUAUCUCACCUGCCCUCAUUCCGAAACCUCAGGAUUGGUUGACACAUAUUGAUGUGGUUGGCUUUUAUUUUUUGGAUCUAGCCAAUAACUACGUCCCUCCCACUGACCUGUUCGAUUUUCUGGCUUCAGGAGAGCCACCAAUCUACGUUGGAUUCGGUUCAAUCGUUCUGAAUGAUCCUCAAGAAAUGACUAGAGCCAUUCUUGCAGGGAUAUCACAGGCUGGAGUGCGAGCUAUAGUGUCGCCGGGGUGGGGCGGGCUCGAUGAGACGAUGGUCAAAUCGGCAGGGCCACAUGUAUUUGCUCUCGGAAACGCGCCCCACGAUUGGCUCUUUCAACAUGUAAGCGCCGUCUGCCAUCAUGGAGGGGCAGGUACAACUGCCAUUGGCUUGAAAUGUGGGAAACCUACAAUCAUUGUCCCAUUCUUUGGUGAUCAGGUGUGGCCUACCUCUGUAUGA